AUGAUCGCGGAACUCAAAGAUGAAGCUGAAGCGCGGGAUGCAGACAUCCUUAAGAUGAAGCAAGAGCGGCUUGAGUUGGUGAAAGAUGCCCGAGCAGCGAAGGAUUAUCGUGACGAGUUGGAAUGUCUGCAACAUAAGCUAUUAAAUUACGACAAACUGGAAGCCGACAAUGCGAAAUUGAAGGAGAAGCUAUUGGAAAUGGAAUUUUUCAAAUCCAGAGUAGCGCAGCUAAAAGAGGAAAAUGAUUUGAUGCAAGAGUCCUGCCUGGUUUUGGAGAAUCAGCUUGAACAGUGCCAACAUAAAGUAUCCAGUCAUCUCGAUCUGGAGUCGAAACUUGAUGAUUAUCAGAAUCAAAUCAAGCAACAUCUGGCCGUUAUCGAGAAGGUUGGUAAUUUUUAG